UCUCCCUGGUUGCGCAAGACGCCAUUUUGGAGCGACAGCGACAGAUAACGGAACGAUCGAGAAGCUGCGUUUUAAAGCUUCGUCACCAUGGGGAAUUUAAUGGCGAGCCUGUUCAAGGGCCUGUUUGGCAAAAAAGAGAUGAGGAUUCUCAUGGUCGGCCUCGAUGCUGCUGGCAAAACAACCAUCCUAUAUAAACUGAAGCUUGGAGAGAUAGUCACCACCAUUCCCACCAUUGGUUUUAACGUGGAAACUGUAGAAUACAAGAACAUCAGCUUCACAGUGUGGGACGUGGGCGGUCAGGACAAAAUCCGGCCCUUGUGGCGCCACUACUUCCAGAACACUCAAGGUCUCAUCUUCGUGGUGGACAGCAACGACAGGGAGCGGGUGAACGAGGCGAGGGAGGAGCUUGCCAGGAUGCUCGCCGAGGACGAGCUCAGAGACGCAGCGCUGCUCGUCUUCGCCAACAAGCAGGAUCUCCCCAACGCCAUGAACGCGGCAGAGAUCACAGACAAGCUGGGCCUGCACGCCCUGCGCCAGCGCAACUGGUACAUCCAGGCCACCUGCGCCACCAGCGGCGACGGCCUGUACGAGGGCCUGGACUGGCUCUCCAACCAGCUGAAGAACCAGAAAUGAUCCAUUCCACCAGUUUUUGAUUUCUUUAUUUUUUUUUUGUUUUGUUUGUUGUUUAUUUUUUUCUGUUUCAACACAGCGGCAGCACCGGACCCAGGCCCCCCCGCUCCCAUCGAAACCACCUCCACCCUUCAACCCCAGCUCUCUCUGUCACGAACUUCCAUCAUUCCCUCGCUCCCUCCCUCGCUCCCUCCCCCCCCCUGCUCUCUCCCCCCUCGUCAGUGGGGCUCUAGCCUGUGCUGCUUGUGUGUGGGCGUGUGUGUGCGUGUACGUGUGUGUACCUUGUGUGUUCAGCGAGAGUGUGUGGGUGUGAAGGCGUCUCUGUGUGCGUUGGCUGGGACUGGGAGGAACCCUGGCGUGCCUUUUACACACCUCCUGUGAAAUCAGCAGUCUGGUUUUCAAGCCCCUCUCUCUCUCUCUCUCUCCCUCUCUCUCUCUCCAUCCACCAACCUCUGCCCCCCCCCCACUCUCAGUCUUGCACGGCCCCCCACCCCCCCCACCCUUACUCUCCAGAGGAAGCAUGGUUUUCAUACGGCAAAGAAAGAGCAAGGGUGCAAGCUCUCCUCCCCCCGUGUCUCGCUCUCUCCCCCCCCCCACCUGUAGUAUCUAUGUUGACUAGAAUUGUUCGCCCGCGUUAGACCGAAUGCUACAUGUUCAUUUCAACCUCUAUUGAUUUUCAACCCACCAGUUAGAGAUUCAGUAAAUUGCAUCUUAACCUGUAUCAGGUCGACGCAAAUCACAAAAACAAGAAAACAACAACAACAACAAAGGCCCAUCCUUGAUCAUUCUUGUGUCACUUGAAAAUCAUGCUGUUUGUUUUAUUAUUAUUAUAUUGGAAUAUAACAGAUUAUUCUUAGCAAUGGUUCUCCAAUGAACACUACCUUUCUCUCCCCCUGCCCCAACCCCCCCCACCCCACUAAAAGAGACCGUGAAGCACAAGGCAAGCCAACAAUCUUAAAAAAGUCUACGUUAUAAAUUAGAAACCUGCAAGUAUAUGCAAUUCUAGUCUUUUCCGAUUCUUUUGGUAGCUGGAUUUGGAUUCACUGGAUAAAAUUGGAUUUUUCAAGGCGACCUCCAGAGUAAUUAAUCAUUCUGACAGUGUUCCUACUUAAUGUAGGUGGAAAACAAGGUGUUGGGCAUUUCACAAGCGUCAGCCGGUUGAGACAGUGUCCCGAUACAUUCAAGCUUCACAUGUUAUUCCUUUCAGAGAUGUUACAUGUUUUUUUUUUCUGUAACUAGUUUUAGCAUUUCUAUUUGUACUAUGACUGCUGAACCAAAUGCAUUGAGCAGUAUGACAAAUCCUGUAUAUGGAAGUAGUGUGUCCUGGAGGGCCUGAACUGCGUACUGAGGUUUUUCCUCACCAACGGUUGGCAGUUACACUCUGAAACCUGAAAAGCAUCCAGCUGUCUAACGUUUGGGGUUGGGAUGAAGGAUUGGCACCAAAUAUGAAGGCUUCUCUUCCUGUGAAUGGUCCAGACACGAAGAAGGAAAACCCAGUGCGAGCGUCUGGGUGUUCGAAGGCUCCUACAUUCUUCACGACUGAAAGCCCCGACCGAACUCUGUGGUGGACCUGUGAAGGGGAGUGGGUGUGCAGGGAGCUGGUCGAGGUCCGGCGGGCGUCCUCAAUGCAGAUCCGUAGGGGUUAAGCUGGCACUUCUGUCAAGAAUGAUUGUAAAUCUGUUAAGUUCCCCUGUAAACUGUUUCUGUGGGGAUUUCCUGAACACAUUAAUAAACAUGAUUUGAUCCAACAA